CCUCCCCUUGCCUUAGGCUACACGGCGCCACUGGUUUCCCCACAUUUGUUUUGUCUAUUUUAUUGAUAAAAUAAGUUACAAAAACUUUCUAAAAGAGGUGAAGAAGGUCUCACCAUGAAGAUAUCCUCAAGUAUACUUCUUGCCGCAUUUACUGUGUUGGCAGUUGUGUUGACAGCUGAAGCAUGUAAUGAGGCAAUCUGUGCUUCCCAGGUCAGCAAGUGCAUGUUGAUUAAAUGCUGUGAAUGUGACAUGAGUGACAAGAAAAACUGUAGCUGUUGUCAAGAUUGUCAAGUCUGUUUGUCUAAACUUUACACAGAAUGCUGUGAUUGUGUAGGUUUAUGUGCCAAACAAGAUCCUCAUGACACCCCACGUAAAACUAGCUCUAUUGAAGAUUUGAGUGAUCCUAUCCCAGAAUUAUUUAACGUAUUAACUCAACAAGAUGAUCACUUAUUGCGCUGGACAUCUACAUCUUAUGCUGUCCAUCCUGAUAGCAUGUUCUUUAAACCUGGUAAUAGUCUUGUACCAAAUAUGGAAUUCUCUUCUUCACUUGAUGCAGGUAAGUCAUUGGAGAAGGCUAUAGAGGAAGAAUUGUUAAGUCGACAGAAUUGCACAGUAGCCUUCAUGUCUCAGUGUAUGUCCAUCAGAAAAUGUAAACAAUCCUGCAAGUCUAUGGGUGCUGCCAAAUAUCGCUGGUUCCACGACAAUGGCUGCUGUCAGUGUAUAAGCUCUACAUGCAUUGACUAUGGUUUAAGUGAACCCAAGUGUCUGAGGUGUCCCUCAGAACAAGAUUUACUUCUUGAGCAUGAAUUAAUUGAUGAAAUUAAAGUGGGGGGAAAGGGGGAGAUUAAAACAGGGGCAGAAACUGUUACAGACAACUUAUGAACAAUUUAGAGACAGACACAAGGUAUAUAUAUGUAGUUGUCUGUGUAUUAGAUAUUUCAUUUUGGUUGUAUAAAUGUCCAAUUGGCAACAUUUUAUAAUGAUAGCCAUGGUUGACAUAGAUGACAUGAAAUUGAACAAAGAUGUCUGAUUGUUUUAUAUUGCACACCGUAACUAUACAAUAGUUGUUGUAACAAUGGUGGAAGAUGUUAUUUUGUAUUUUCACUGAGUUGUAGUUAAAAAUAUAUUUAAUGUGUGAUAUAAUCAAGUUGUAUUUUUUGUGAACAAGAAAGUCUUAUUAAGCAAUAUGUAUGUUUUAGUGUAUAAUUUGUUUUAUGCAAAAAGUACCUCAUAAUUUACACGUAUUAAGUAAUGAUUGCAUUGUGUUGUAUGGUUUUAUGUUGGUUGGGGAGAGAAUUUACAAAUGGAAAAUCCAUCUAUUGGGAAUUCUGGGUUACCUAACUCAUAUGGCCUGCUUUCCAUGUACGCAUUUUCGCCGGUGAAAAGGUCGGUCUAAUUCAAAUGUAAUAGGAGCGUUUCCAUGUAACUUGCGAAAACAUUUGUGGAAACUGCACAAAAACAAGAAAAAGGGAAAACAAGACUUAAGGGUGGUCUAAUGUUGUUAUAUGUGUGCUUCAGAUCAUAAGGUCUGUCAUUGAAUCACAUGGCAAGGUUUUAAUUCCCAGUUUGUAUCGAGUGAACGUAAGAAAAACAUUUCUCGCUCUCUCCCACUCUGCAUGUAGAAGUUUCCAAUCUCCUCAACUGGCUUUCUACUAGUGUACAUUUAUUGUCAUCUUUAGCAUAACCAAGUUGUGUAACACACCUUACUAAUCUUGUCUCCGUACAGUAUGUUACAGACUUACAGAGCUGUAUUGAGCCAAGAUUAGUUAUAACAUGCUUAAAACAUUGGUUAGGUCCAAGUGGUAUUUUAUGAAAAUCAAUAUCACAAAAUGAAAAUCAAAAUCGAAAAAUAAAAAUCAAAAUCGUACAAUUCUUUAUCGCAACUGCUGUUCUAGUUCUAGGUCAAUGAGAUAAUUUCAUUUUGAUUUUUUUUUUUUCUAGUCAUUAAAAAUUGGCUUUUUUUUUUUUUGACCAUAUUUUAGUCCCAGCUAUUGUGCCUUAAUUCCCAGUGAGUAAUAUGAAAAUAGUAGGCCAAGAAAUUCAUAAUAUUUUCAGAAUCUCAUUCACACUAAGAAGAUUAUAUAUCACAGACUUAAACAUUUGAACCUUGAAAGCUUUUUUGAUAAGUAUUUUUUAAAAAAUGUAACAAAACUUUAUUUACACUGGUGUCUAUACUCCAUUUAUAUAGUAGAAAUUUAAUCUUUGAGCUCAGUUCUAUAAAAAAAAAAAAUGUUCAAAUUGCCAACAUAAGAAUUCUUUUGGAUUCUUGUUAUUAAAAGUUGGCAAAUUUUUAACUCUAUAUGGUAUAAAAUUGAUGUAAAACAGAGGCCAUAUUCACAUAUAUCUAAGCCAAAACAUUUUAGGAAUAAAAAAGCAGCCUUUUCAUUAUCUAAAAUUUUAACCUUUAACCAAUGAAACAGCUUCUUUUUUGGAAUAUUUUAAUUAAAAUUUUUGUGAAUGAGAGAAUAAGGCCUCUGUUCUUUACUGUUUUCUAUCCUUCAAUAUUGAUUGAUGGUUGUUUAUUACAUGUAGUUAAAAGCUUUAAUUAAUAAUCACUCUAUAUGUCUCUUGUUUGUUUCAUGUAUUUAUAUAUAUAUCACUAUGCAAGUUCUGAACGAUUGAUUAACAUAUAUGUCCAUUUUAUUCACUUAGUUUAAAUGGAGUGCUACCUGCACAUGAUGUAGGAAUAUAAGUUGUCUUAAAGGAGCUAAAUCUCUAUUCUUUGGUACAUUAAAUGAUCAAAAAUUGGUCAAAAAGCACAUAAUAAUGUAACAUGAAUGUAUAUAAACUGAUUUACAUUCAUUUUUUUUUAAGCAGUUAUGUUCAUCAAAAUAGAAAUCGGAGAGCACUCCAAAGUGAAUUGAAGUAAAUGGUUAGUCCAGUCCACAUCAGGAUUGUAGUUUGAUAUUGACUUAACCAGGUACAUGCUGAUGUUUAGCCUUGUUCAUCAAGGAGCCUCAUUACAAAUGACAUUCAUGAGUAUAGCGAUAACAACAUCACAAACUGAUUUUGAAAUGUUCAUUGUUUGUUAAAUAUUAGGAUAUUCGGAAUUCUUAUUUUCACAGUAAAAUUACAACAUCGAUGGACAUAGACAAAUAUUAAAUUCUAAUUCGUGUUUUUCAUGUGAAAGAUUAUGGAUAAUAAUGAGUUAGAGAUUUAGCUACUUUAAUUAGGGACCAGGAAAUCUCUUUAUUUUAAAUAAGCAAAAUCCAGGCAAAUAAAAAUCUUGUGAUGUACAUAUUUCGUGUAGAGCUAUGAUCAAUGAUUGAAAACACCGAUAGUCGAGAAUAAAAUACACUUAAGCAUUUACUAUACUUAAAAUUUACUAAUGUUAAACAUAAAAUAAACACAAGCAUUUAAUUUAAAUUUACUGAUAUUAAACUUAGAAUCAAAAUGUAUAUAUAUAACUUACACUACAUACUGCCUUUGUUUUGUAAAUAUUAUAUUUCAUUCAUAGAUACCAUUUUUCAUAUUUUGCCCUAUUAUGUGUUCUCUUCUGUACUUGGCAGUUUACUUAUUUGUAAGAAAAUUUAUGUAAAGGCCCGAAGUGUUAGUAAAUGACUUGAACACUUGAUAAAAUAUAAUGUCCAGAAAUGCUAGUAAAUGACUCUAACUCUUGAUAAAAUGUAAUGUCCAGAAUUACUAGUAAAUGACUCUUAAUGCUUACUUAUUGAAAUGACUGUCAUAAAAUGACAAUUGUUAAAGAAAUUAUAAAGCUGUAUUUAUUACAAGGCUUAUCCAAAUUUAAUAUUGGAGAUGUUUCAUUUGAGGGUUGGGUAUUUUUCUGCCAGCUUUUAAAAAACCCUUAUUUCUAACAUAAUCAUAAUGAAUUCAUGGCUAUUUUUUUUUUAUAGUAAAAGUUAUAUAUGAUGUAUUUUGUAGUUUUAUGAACAGGGUUGUGAACACAUUAUAGAAUUAUAUUAUUCUAAUUAUACAGGUAGCUUUUCAUAGUCAAUAUACAAAACUAGCUGAUUUAUAUAUUUUUAUUAUUAUUAUAAAUACUUUACACAGUACCUUUUAUCCAAUAAAAGUGCUAGAUUCUA